CUAGCCGUUAGACAGGUAUAGGCUGCAAGCUAGCCGUUAGCCAGGUAUAGUCUAACAGCUAGCCGUUAGCCAUGUAGUCUGACAGCUAGCCGUUAGCCUGUGGCCUACUUUACAUUGUUGUAAUAACCAUCUAACCUGUUGGGAUGAACAGACAUUGGUUAGUGAUUUACAUCCUAAAUGGCACCCUAUUCCCUUUGUAGUGCACUACUUUCAACCAGGGCCCUUUUGUAGUGCACUACUUUUAACCAGGGCCCUUUUGUAGUGCACUACUUUUAACUAGGGCCCUUUUGUAGUGCACUACUUUUAACCAGGGCACACAGGGUUCUAUAUCGGAUUAGGAUGCCAUCCUGGUCUCAGACAUUGACUAUUGUCUCAUGACUUGUGAUCUGCGUAAAAUACACCACACAGUGUUUUCUGCGAAUCGUAAACCGUGACUUAGUGAGUACAUUUUGGCUGACCGAGGGUGUCAGUGCACCUCCCCAUUCACUAGAAAAGUGUUGAAAUGUCUCAACAACAUCCGUUGACAGGGAAAGAAAAAAAAUAUGUCAUGUGACCAGAGAAUUUCCUGGUUCUUAAAUAGCAGACCCAGUCGUACAGAACACUCUGCUGUAGGAGCUCCGUAUGUCAAUCACCACCCUCCUGGGACCAUGACAACCACCAGGAUAACUGUACUGAUGCUCUUCUUUCAAACCACCCUGGGGGCUCCUCAAACAGACGGUCCCUUCAAUCUCUUCAAUGCAGAAAGUGGCAUGAGACAGGAGCUGGCACGCUGGGUGUCAGGGGGACGUCUCUACGACACCAACAAUAGGAAGUGUGCCGGGGUUUCUGGGAAGACAGAGGGUAGUACCCUGGUGUAUUCUGACUGUGAUGAGAAGAGCGACCUCCAGCAGUGGCAGUGUAGUAACAACACACUGCUCACGCUGAAAGGACAGACUCUGUACCUCCACAUCAACGACAACAAUGAUCUGGUGCUGUCCAGAGACACGGGGCCUCGGAGUCGCUGGAUCAUCUCUGGUACGACCGACGGCCCCUGCUCAAGGACCCACAGAGAACUCUUUACCAUCGAAGGAAAUGCCUUUGGGCGUCCCUGUCAGUUUCCUUUCCUGUACAAAGACCAAUGGUAUGGAGACUGCACCUCGAUAGACUCGUCCGAUAGACGGCUUUGGUGUGCCAUUGAAACAAACUACCAAGACAAUCAAUUGUGGGGCUACUGUCCAUCCACAACUAUGGAGCAUUGGCAUAAGAACCCGGUCACAGGUGCUUUCUACCAGGUGAACCUCCACUCUGCCCUGAACUGGCACCAGGCUCGGACCAGCUGCCAACAGCAGGGAGCAGACUUGGCCUCAAUCACCAAACCCCUCGAGCAGACCUACGUAGCAGGCCUGUGUGGUAAACUGCAUGUGCCGCUGUGGACGGGCCUGAAUGCUCUGGAGCAGGACAGUGGCUGGCAGUGGACCAGUGGAAAACCUCUCUGUUACUUCCGCUGGGACUCCGGUCAUCCUCUCUCUGAUCCUGGUCAGAUGUGUGGACUGGUCAUCCCAGCUCAGCAGUUCUACUGGCAGAGCUCCCUGUGCUCCAAGACACAUGGCUACGUCUGUCAGAAAGACCCACCUACACCCCCCGUUCACCCAGAAGAGACAGGUUUCUGCUCCAGUCCGUGGAUUCCCUACGCUGCCAGGUGCUACCUCCUGCAGCGUACCAAGAAGACCUGGACAGAGGCUCAGACGGAAUGUCGGAAGGACGGAGGCGACCUGGCCAGCGUCUACAACAUCGAGGAGCACAGCUUUGUGAUGUCACAGCUGGGAUAUGCGGCCGCUGACGAGCUGUGGAUCGGGAUGAACGAUGUCAAGACGCCACUACUGUUUGAGUGGAGCGACCAAUCCCCUGUCACCUUCACCAGGUGGGAGGAAGCCAUGCCAAUGGGGGGCAACUGUGUACUGGUCAGGGGAGAGCAGGGCAGGUGGGCUACCCAGGUGUGUGACAACCAGCAUGGCUUCAUCUGUAUGAAGAAAUCUACCUCCAAACCCUCAGGGGACCAGGUGGACACUAACCCAGGCUGCAAACCGCAUUGGACCAGGCACGGCUCCUACUGCUACUUUGUGGGACCAGAGAUCAAGACCUUUGAUGAGGCCAAAGAGACAUGCAAGAGCUCACAGGCAUAUCUGGCAGAUGUUUCUAGCAGGGUGGAUAAUGCUUUCUUAAUCAGCCUGGUUGGGACCAGGCCAGAGCAACACUUCUGGAUCGGACUCUCCAACCGGAACCACAUCGACAUCUUCAGCUGGACGAAAAACAACAGGGUCAGGUAUACCCACUGGAACGCACAGAUGCCAGGCAGUAGACAGGGUUGUGUGGCCAUGACAACAGGGACUCUAGCUGGAUUAUGGGAUGUGCUGAGCUGCACCAAUCAGGAGAAGUAUAUCUGUAAACACCUGGCAGAAGGAGCGGGGCCAACACCAGAACCAAUCACACCUGUCCCUCCCAGGUGCUAUGAGGGCUGGAGUCCUCUGGGGUCUAGGAGCUACUGCUUCAAGUUCUUUACAGGGCAUCACGCAGAUAAGAAGACCUGGUUUGAGGCUCGGGACUUCUGCAGGGUGAUUGGAGGAGACCUACUCAGCAUCCACAGUUCUACAGACCUCCAGUCUAUGCAUCAUGUCCGUGGUGGGACUUCCUGGAUCGGCCUGAGUGCUCAGGAUCCCAACGCUGGCUACGCCUGGACUGAUGGGUCGCCACUGUCCUUCCAACACUGGAUAGAGGGGGAACCCAACAACUACAACGGCGUGGAGUCCUGUGCUGAGAUUCUGAACUCUUAUUGGGAUGAAGAGGGAUCCUGGAACGAUGUAAACUGUGAGGGCUACAACGACUGGCUGUGUGAGAUCCCUAAAGGAGUGACCCCACUAUCUCCUCCCAACAACACCGUCCCUGAGUAUAAUGUGACAGAGGAUGGCUGGCUGGAGUAUGGAGGCUCUCAAUAUUACUUUAAUAGUGAACUGCUGCCCAUGGAGAACGCCAGACACUACUGUCAGCAGAGGCAUGGGGGCCUUGUUGUUAUCAACGGACUAACAGAAAAUGUAUUUCUGUGGAAAAAGAUCAAUAAAGAGCAUUUGGGAAACCAUUACAUUGGGCUAACAGUUGAUCUUGAUCGCUCUUUCGGGUGGAUGGACGAUUCCCCAGUUGUAUUCCAGAGAUGGGACAACAACCAGCCGGACUUCAAGAACAACGAUGAGAACUGUGUUGCCAUGACCAGCUCCAUGGGUUUCUGGCAUGACUAUAACUGUGGCACUGAAAUGAGGUCCAUCUGUGAGAGGAGUGGUUCCCCCCCAGUGAACAGCACCGUGCCCCCUACUGCCCCCCCCACAGGAGGCUGCCCCCCGGAAUGGAUCCUCUACCAGUCUAAGUGCUACAAAUUGAUUGGAUACCGGGUACCUAGUACCUGGCUCGAGGCCAGAUCGUACUGCCAAUCCAUGGGAGCUAACCUAGCGUCCAUCACCAGUAGGCGUGAGCAAGUGUUUCUGACGACCCAGAUGUCUUCUGGCGCCACUGACCUGUGGAUUGGACUGAGUAACUUAAACCGGGACAGGUUUGUUUGGACCGAUGGCCAGGCAGUCAAAUACACAAACUUGGAUUUCAAGAAGAUGUUCUCAUCGCGAUGGCAUCACCAUGGUCAGAGAAUGUCACAGAUAUUCGCAUUGCAAGAGCACUAUCGUCAGAUGUACAUGCGUAUGCUUUCGUCUCAGGCUAGUCGGUGUAUCGUGAUGGCCAGUUCCUCCUCCAUCUUGGGAAAAUGGGAAAUCAGGUCCUGCAACGACACACACGGCUUCAUCUGUCAGCGCAAAGUUGACUCAGGCAUCCCAGUCCCGGCGCCAACAGUGUUACCUAGAGGCUGGGUGAAGCUGGCCAACGACUCCUACAAGGUGCUGCCCCAGAACAGGACAUGGCACGAAGCCCGGGUGCAGUGUGAGGCUGAGGAGGGCCAGCUGGCUAGCACCCUGGAUGAACAGUCAGCAGCUUACCUGGAGCUGCAGGCUCUGAAGCUGCAGACACCACUGUGGAUUGGACUCAAUAGGAAUGAGACGAAAGGCUACUUCAGGUGGAUGGACGGCUGGCCCUUGAGCCUGUCCCGGUGGGCACAAGACGAGCCCAGCAGAGACCGGUCCUGUGUCUAUCUGGAUGUGGAAGGCACCUGGAGGACUGCCCUUUGUAAUCACACCUACCCCAGUGUGUGUAAGCAAUCCCCAGCUGUCCCGCCCACGGCCCCACCCCAGUACCCCGGGGAGUGUACCCAGAUGGAGGAGGAGGGGAUCAGUGGUAUGAACAUCCCCUGGUACUGGUCGCCUUUCAGAGGGCACUGCUACAGCUUUGUCAAUAACGACAUAGAGUGGACCGAUGCCUCCACCAGCUGUACAAGUAAAGGGGCGUCCCUGGUGAGCAUCGAGGAUCCUGAAGAACUCCGCUUCAUAAAGACCAACCUGGUGUUUCAGAAAGACAGCUACUCUUCCUUCUGGAUAGGCCUGUACAAAACACACCUAGGUCAGUGGAAGUGGCUGGACCAAACAGUGCUGGACUACAAUAACUGGGCAGAGGGACAGCCUCAGGACUCUUACAAUAUCUAUGGAUAUAUGGGAUCCUCCGAUGGGACCUGGGGCACUGCCCACAGAUUUGCUGAUAAACCAUACAUCUGCAAGAAGCCCAAAGUUCUACCAGAAACACCACCAACAACUGUGCCUCAGAAGGCAGAUCAGAGGCGUGUGUAUUCAGGACUGGCAGUGGUGGUGGUAUUGGCUGCCAUGUGUCUGAUGGGCCUCACAGCCUUAAUGCUCUACAAGAAGACCGGCCGUCCCCUGCCCUCCUUCACCAAACCCCUGGUCUUCAGCGCAGACCAGAGUGCCUUCAACAACCCCCUCUACACGGAGCCCGCCACCGAGGUCGACCCCAGCAUGGUGGACACUAGCCAACUGGUCAACCAUAUGGAGGCUCAGCCAAUGAUCACUUUGUGAUUGGAGAGAGUCAAGGGAGGAGUCAAGGGAGGAGUCAAGGGAGGAGUCAAGGGAGGAGUCAAGGGAGGAGUCAAGGGAGGAGUCAAGGGGAGAGUCAAGGGGAGAGUCAA